CGGUCUUAUUUCACUGCAACACCUGGCUCGUUUCAGCGUUCAAAUACAGCGAUGCAAAACUGGUAUCUGCUUGGUAGAUUUUGAUUUGUACAUAUCUAAGAUCACGGUGCCAGUGGAGAUCUUUUUUUGAUUAUUGUCCUUGUCGAGAUUGUAUUACAAACCCUCGGGUGAUUUAAACAGUUUUUAGCUGUUGUUGAUUUUUAGCAGACGAUGGCGGAUGCAACUGAGGAUGUCGAGCUGGACUUUGCAGCUGACGAGCAGGAGAGGGCGCGGAGAAGCGCAGUCAUAAGACACCCCGUGGCCUCCUUUUUCCACCUGUUCUUCCGAGUGGUUGCCAUCGUUGUCUAUCUGCUGUGUGAGUGGAUCAGCAAGAGCUUUGCGUCCUGUUUUGUCCUGAUCAUAGCUCUGCUCUCGUUUGACUUUUGGUCUGUGAAGAAUGUGACCGGCCGUCUGCUGGUGGGGCUGCGCUGGUGGAAUCAGAUUGACGAGGAUGGAAAGAGCCUCUGGGUAUUUGAGGCCAAAAAAUCCCGGAAUAGUAACACUGGAACCGAAGCAGAGGAAAGGAUAUUCUGGCUGGGCCUUAUCAUCUGUCCUCUCAUCUGGACUUUCUUCUUCUUCACCUCCCUCUUCUCUCUGAAGAUUAAAUGGCUGUCUGUGGUGGUAGCUAGCAUUUCCCUCCAAGCAGCAAACCUUUAUGGCUACCUACGCUGCAAGGCAGGCGGGCAGGAUGGCCAUCCUCCAGACAAC